AUGGCUCGGGAACUAGACGAUAUACCUGUAGAGUCCGACCCAGAUAUAGGAAACUGGGUGCCGACUUUUGUUUCAUCUUAUCUCGCCAUUCCUUUUUUCUUACUAGCCAUCCUAGGGUAUAAGUUGAUAUUCAGGACCAAAAUGGUCACUCUUCGCGAAAUGCGCUUUGACAGAGGUUAUAUUCAUGACGAUGGCGAGGAAAUACCCACGACCCGUUGGAGUAGGCUCCUAGCAGUGCUUUUCUGA